CAGCACGCACUGCACUUAGAAUAAAAACACGCAUUUAUUUACACACGAAUUCAGAGCGGAAGGAUAAAAACACGUUUCUUCAAAUUCUCGGCACCGAAAGAAUCAGAAAGAUGGAAUUUGACUCCGGGUACAGUGACCGGCUCCAGAUGUUUGCGCGCACCAUGGCGCUCUGGUACAAGGAGUAUGAACACUCACGGUCCAGACUGAGGAAGCGCACAGUGAGGGUGAGUGGAGUCCGGCUUCCCGUGGACCGCGCAUGCGCACACUGGAUCUUACAUCUGCUGGACUGCGGACCAGCGACCCCUGCUGACAGAACACUUCACAAUGCUGAUCCGUCAGAGCUGAUGUGUUGUGACGGAGGGAGCGUGCUGCUACUGACGGACUCUUCCGGUUUGCUACUGGGCUUUGAUAUGUUGCCGUGGGGUUGGUCCAAUUCGCUGGAUGUUGGGGAAACAGCGGGCAGUGAUAAUGAGGGUGUGGGUGCCAUCACACAGAGGAUGCUGGGAUUGCUCCGAUUCUCAAUGGAGGCGCCACUGAGCGGAAGGUUGCCACGACGACCACAGACUUUGACAGUUAGUGAUAAGAAACUCCAUAGGUUACUGAGAAAGAGAGAGAAGUCUUUGUCUCGUCUGAAGGUGACGCUGAGACCAGAGGCAUUUGGUGGCUGGAUGCCCACUGAUGUAGACAGGGAAACGGGGGCGCCACGCAUUAAAGCAUUUAGCAUGCGCUGGCCCCCCGCAUACUACUGUCAUGCUUGUAAGAAACAGUCUUUCCCCAGCCGGCUGAAACCAUGGUAAGGUGAAAAGUUAGAGAGAAGAGGUAGAUGACAGAGGUUUACUAAGGAAAAGAAGAAAAGAGGUAAAGAGGUCUCUUUUGUGGUGCAAAGUUUUAGCAAGUAUGGAUUUUUUUAGUUUUAAGAGAAACGACAGAACAAAAAGUUUGAGUAAGAUGCAAAUCAUGUAAUACACUGGGUUAAUAGUGGUACGUGUAAAGGUUUUGAGCCAGGGGCAACAUUCCAAACAUUAUGAAGGUUGUGUAUGUGGCUUAUGGAAUGUACUGUGUGUGCAUUGUUUUGCAAGAGAAUGCAUGUGAGUGUAUAUACACAGUGAAAGUGUCUUAAUUAUGCUUUGGAUUGAACUUGGUCAUGUUGAAACAAAAUGUUGAGAAGGUUGGUACAGUUGCUCAAUGCCAGGUGAUAUGAAUGGAAAAGCAAUUUAUUUUUCCCUUUUAGCUGUGUAUAUAAGUGUAUAAGGUAAUACUUAUGUACAACAAUGAAUAUAACAUUCUCUACAUCUGCCAUUAAAUAAAACUUUUGCUCGAUAUACAAAUGUAGUUCAACGCCCUGUAAACUGCGCAUUUACAUGAGGAGUUCCAGUCUUAUCAAGUAUAAAUCUUCAGCUUUUAUUUGUCAUUAUCAACAAAAUUCACUAUUUUCUGUAUUUUCCUUUUUGCUGUGUUUCUGUUUUUGCUCUUUGGCCUUUCCUUUUGUAUAUGCUCUCUCUCUUGCUUUUUCUUUCCAUCCUUCUGGCUCUCCUGUCUUCUAGUCCUGGCUGUAGGGCAGUGUUGUUCUGUCCAGAUGAAUGCCCUCCAUCAGCUCACCAUCAGUCUUCACCGGACCUCAACCGCUCUCACAGCUGUGAGAGAUUGACCCUUUACAUGAGCCACAGGGUCCAGCUAGCCAACCUGCCCUUCACUUAUGCCAAAGAAACAACGACCGAAGACUUUGAUUUAGAGCAUUUCUUGUUUAAGAAUAAGUUAAACAGUGGCUACUGGUUGCUUUGGAGCCUACUUGUGCGGUCCCCCCGUUUUGAGCUCCAUUCAGGAAUGGAACAGGCCAAAGAUAUCUGGCUAUCAGGUCACUCGGAACCGUAUGGCCAUCUGAAAGAGGAAGCCAACAUCUUGCUUGGUCAAACACCCCUCAAUUCCCCUUCCCCCAGCUCACCUUUAGUGUCCUGGAGUCAGUAUUUUAGUUGGAGGGCCUUGAAUCUGGCAUCACCUGUGGCUCCUCUGCUCAGCUCCACAUUAUCUAUAUACUACAUCAUCACCUCUUUGGUGCCACAAGACUAUCCAGAGCUGAACAUUCUGAAGAAGCAGUCUUUGAAGAUCCACAUCAUCGAAUCCUACAGAGAGUUUCACACGCUCAUGAUUUUUUGGGAGCUGUCUGUGCUUCUUCCACACAUGACUUUUGAACUUGCAUUCGUUGGAGAACAGCUGCCACAAGAGAGUGAUGAACAGCAACUCUAUUUACAAAAAAAGAGUGAUGGUGUAUCUCUGGUGAGUCCUGCUCUAGGUUCAGAGGAGAAAGCUGAAAAGAAGAGUAUCCGAGUCAAAGCGUACAAAAGAGCCUACCACAUGCUCCAGGGCCCCAAACCAGACCUUGUGAUUGGAUUCAGACCAGCGAUUCCUCUCCAUGACUCAUGGCUCAGCACUCUCCCCCGACUUCAGUCCAUGAGAGUUCCAGCCUAUUUCUGUGAGCUAAGUGAGUUGAGCUGUGAGUCCAGCAAGCAAGUGAUGAGUUCUGCCACAGGGGGUGCUCUCUCACACCCUACUAUUAACCCCUUCCGCUGUCCUCUACGACUCUGUGGAGGAGACAACUUGCUACCAUGGUACUCCAAUGCUUUCAUUUUUCAUCUCCUCUAUAAGCCUCUUGUGCCUUGCCCGCAGCACCCCUCCAUUACCAAUGGACAAGCAGGUGGUCAAACUAAUCCACAGGAACCAGCCAGUCAGAGAGCAGUCACUGCAAAGCACAGCUUUCCCCCUGAACUGCGCAAGAUGACCAGGAAAGAGAAGAAGCAGGCAGCCCGUAACAUGCCACACAAGCGAAAAUAAGCAUGCAUACACAAAGACCCACACAAACAACCCCAGCAGCUGUCAUGCACUUACAAAUAUGCUUAUAUAACAAAAACGCAAUAGAAUUAAAGUACUGUUUUAUGUGGCAGUAUAAUGUGUUGUGCUAGUGCUAGUGGUGAGUGAAUAUACAUAACUCCUACCCCCACUCUGUAAUCCCUACAGCACAUUUAGGCCAUAUGGGUUGCACCUACAGUAUACCAUAUGCGAAAAUGACAUCAUGCUAUAUAAGCCCUAAAGUUGUUUACCAGUUGCGUUUGUGUUAUGAAAGUAUGAAAGACUAGUUAUAGUCACAGCUGUGAUAACUGCCAUCCAGCAGAGGUGAAGUCUAGAUUAUCACAUAAACUAAGCAACCACAGCCUGGAAAUUUUAGAAAGGAAUGGAACACAGUCUGUAAAUUAUCCUAUAAUUCUCAUAGCAACUUUGUAUUCACUUUAGAAAAGGUCAGAAGGGGACACGCUGUGGACACUGUAAAAGAUGCUGACAAUAUAAACUGUUUGCAUCAACUGCAAUACAGAUUCCCAAAUCAGC